AUGGCUGACUCGGUGCUCAACCACUCCUGGCCGGCUCUCUCCAAGCUGUGGCUGAAGAGAUGGGCAUUUAAGCGAGGCUCUGAGCCCAAGCCGUAUGCCCAGCCCUUGGACUCUGGAACGGCAGCUUCAACCACCAGGGGUGGCCAUGGACCCGGGAAACCUGAGAAUCCAGAUUUCUUCUCAACCAUGGAGGAUGAGCAGGCAGAUGGUUUUCUGAGGCACCUCAGCGAGAGCGCAGAAGACCUCAGCCUGGACCUGGGAGCCCUUCAGGGCAGCGAGUACCUCCGGGAUCUGGGCUUGGGAGCCCCUUCUGACCUCCAUCAGUCUGAAGUGGUUAUGGAUCCUGAGACCCCCAGAAGAGAGUCCUUCCAUACAAGCUGUGAGGGAGCUUCAGCCCUGCCUCAAAGACACAGCUGGGAGAGACCCCGGAGCUGCUCAGAGAGGGGUCGAAGGCUCAGCCUUGACGCCUCUGAGGUGGACGAAGGGGCCUGUCUCCCCCGGACUCUGGCUAGCCUUGCUCUGAAUCUGUCUGGAGAUGGGCAGAAGACUUGGAUCCAAGGAUGCUUACCUGUCAGUGGGACACCAGCACCCUCAAGCAAGGAAGGCAACAGCCCUGAGAAAAGGCUAAGAUCCAAGUCAGUACCCGUGUCCUGUGAAGAGAUCAGCUGUCUGGAACCCGCUUCUGGCUCAGAUGUGUGUGCUCCACCUGUACAAGGCCUUGAACCCCCCGUGCUGGAGUGUUUGGAAAAGGACCACGUGGAGCCAGACCAUGUGCUGAUAGUGCAACAGGUGCUUCAGGAGCUGAGGCAGUACCACGGGGCCCGUCAGCGAGCUCGCAUGUCCAUCAGCCCUGGAGGACCCCACUCCAACCUCACCUGGUUCGAGUUCCUGUCAGAGAGCGAGGAUGGUGUGUACAAGAAUGAGAAGACGGACAAGAGCACCAGAGUGAAGCGCAGCCUGAGCUCCCUCCGCAGCAGGGUCACGAGGCAGAAGGAGAAGGGGAAGAACCCAGCACAUCUAAAAGAUAAGAUUCAGGAUGUUCCAGGAAAGCGGGAGUGUGUCAACGGGCACCAGCUGGUGCGAGGAACCUUCUCGGGCCACUCCAGCUGUCCUCUGUGUGGCAAACCUUUGCUGAGCUCAGUACUGGGACCUGACUGGCCAAGGUCAAGCUAUCCUCAGGUGUUGGGUUUCUCCACGCCCUUCUCCCAGAUUCUGGUAGCUCUCCAACCUCGUGACAGCAUCAUCCUACAAUGUUGUUGCGUGCACACUGGAGUCCCAAACUCUCUUUUCUCUCUUUCCUUCCCUUGUAUGUGUGCUUGUUCAUGUGUGCACUUGAAGGUGCUCAUGUAUAAAUACCAAAGGACAACCUUGGCAGUGUUUUCUUCUGUGCCAUUCCAUCAUGUUUUAUGUGUGACUUGUUGUGCAGGUCUAUCUGUGUACAUGCAUGCACAUGUGUCCACAUGCAUGUGGAGGCUGGAGAUUAAUUCUGGAUGUCUGCCUCUAUCACUCUCCACAUCUUUUUUUGAGACAAGGUCUUUAGAGAACCUGGUGUUUGCUGAUGCAGCAGCCACUUGCAAGCCCUAG